AAAAUGGACCGAUGCCAGUUAUGAGUCAAAGCACUUCGUCUCUGUGGACUCGGCUCCCCCAGAGCAGACCGAGCCCAUGUGACCGUCACAAGCACGCCUGCUGCAGCUAUGAUGGACACGUGUACAUCCUGGGAGGACGAGCAAACAGCUGUCUGAGGGACUUCUGGAGGUACAGCGUGGUGUGCAACGAGUGGACGGAGUUGAACUGCACUGGUGAAGCUGCCCCAGAGGAACUGGAGGAACAUUCUAUGGUGGCUCAUGAGGGCUUCCUGUAUGUGUUUGGAGGCAUGUUGGAUUCUGCAUACACCAAGUGGAGAUGUUCUUUCUGGGUGUUUGACACUGCGAAGCAGAAAUGGGUUCACUUCCAGGGAAAGACGAGCUCCCCUCAGAUGCCAUCCAACAGAAAAGGGCACAGUGCCGUGGUGCUCGGCUCUGACAUGCUGGUUUAUGGAGGUUUAGUGGACAUGAAAGGAUCCUCCCAGGACUUUUGGAGUUUGGAUUUCGAUACUAUGGCAUGGUCUCUGCUAAAUGGAUCUAAGCAGGCCUCAAUCGGACCAGGACCCAGACACAGUCACUCUGCCAUGGCCAACCAGAGCUGCAUGUACUUGUUUGGAGGCUUGAAAGGCUUACAGGAGCAGAGAGAUUUCUGGAGGUGGAACUCCAGCAACCACACAUGGAGUUCCCUCAAAAACAAGUCCGGCCCCUCCAGACUGAUGGGACACUCGGCCGUGGCCUACAAGGACAGCAUGCUGCUUUUCGGAGGAGGGAGGAGCCAGAACUCUCCAAAGAACUGGCUGUGGAGGUACAACUUCACCUCUGAGACCUGGGGGCAGGUUCCCAUACUCCUGGGCUCCACCCCCCCAGACAAGAUUCACCACUGCUGCAUCGGGCUCGGCCCCAGCUACACGUCCAACACCAGUAGUCCAAGCUCAGAACUCCAACCCAGACUGCUGGAUGACAAAGCAAGGCCCUUUAAGAACAAGUGCUUCCCUGCCCCGCUCACUUUCCUGGGCUCAGACGGAGCGAUAGAGCUGGAGACGUUCAGCCCGGAAAGAAGCUACGCUAGCAUACAACGCACACAGUCGUCAGAACUUUACAACAGCAAAGAGUGUUUGAUGAGGAAAGAAGCACCGCAGAUCAGAAGCUGUCUGAGCUUUGAAAACAAGGCCUUCAGGAAACAGUGGAGCUGCACAGAGGAGGACCUGCUGAGGGAGGAGGACGAGGAGGAGGAGGAAGAGGGGGACAUAGCUCAGCAUCUGCCUGAUCUGCUGCUGGUUCUGGGGGGAAGACCCUGCACCACACACUGCCCCAUCUCCAUCUGGCAAAUGACUCUGACUGAAUCUUAACAGCCUACCACGAUCAAACUUUAUUUACUUCUAAUAUGUUUGUGUAGAAAGCAUCAGUAUUAAAGUUGUUUCAUGUUUGAAGAGUUUACAUAAAUCCAAACAAAUCCUAUUUCUGUUUCUUUUAAUGUGACUUUUAAUAAUUGUAUACAUGUACCACACUUGGCCUUGUAGUAGCUGUAGUCAAAGAAACGACUAGAAAAUUUAAAGAAAAGCUAUCAAACUGUAACAGACAGUAACGGUCUCUGCUAUUCAUCACAUUGUGUAAUGUAUGAUGUGUGUGUGAUUGUUAAGAACAAAAGGGACAAGAUUUGUUUUAUAUUCUCACGUCAUGGUUCUAAUGUUAGCAUUUUAGAUUCGCAUUUCAGCCGAUAGUAUGUUUAUAAGAGGAGGCAUGUGGCACGACAUGAUGAUCUAAUGAUCACUGCUCAGCACAGUACACUAGGGGGCACUGUGCACCUGUACAUUUUUGCAUAAAAUAAAUGUGGCAUGUUUUCCAUGAA